CUUAUUUGAAACAUGUUGAUUUCUAUUAAAUUAGUGGGCAGAUUUGUGUGAAUCGUACUUACGAGAAGCAAGAUGGUACCACAAUGGAUAUAAACCAAGUCUGGAAGAAUACAUGGAAAAUGGAUGGAUCUCAAUUGGAGGACCAGUGGUAUUAGUCCAUACAUUGUUCCUUGUCACAAAUCCAAUUACCAAAGAGGCCUUGGAUUCCUUAACCAAUUAUCCUGACAUUAUUCGAUGGUCUUCUACUGUUAUUCGUUUAGCCGAUGAUUUGGGGACAUCCUCGGAUGAAAUGGAAAGAGGUGACGUUCCUAAGUCAAUUCAAUGUUACAUGAAUAAGAAGGAUGUUUCGGAAGAAGAUGCAAGAAAACACAUCAAUUUAUUGAUAAAGGAGACAUGGAAACUGAUGAACACAGUUCAAAAUAAUAAUUCAUUAUUUUCUGAAACAUUCAUUGGAUGUGCAGUAAAUGGUGCAAGAACUAGUCAGACAAUUUACCAGCAUGGAGAUGGCUAUGGGAUUCAAAAUUCUCAUACAAAAAAUCGCAUUUGUAAAUUAUUUUUCGAGCCCAUCACAAUUUCAAUUCCAUAAAAUCCUACCUUUUUUUCGGUUUUACUUAAUGAGUGCUAUUCUAAAAUGCUUUAUAUUUUGUUUGUGUUUUUUUUCAAGAAAGAACUUUUUACUGAAUAUCUACUAUUUUCUA